GGGAAGGAGAAGGGGCGGAGGUCGACAUCCUCGGCAUCCGCUUUUGGAGUGCUGACGCUGCCCAGAUCUUUCACGAUUGAUUCAUUGCGCGGCCUUGAUUCUACUUCGCAUCGAUGGCUGACGGAAGGAGCUCUGCGGCCGACGCCACCGACCUGCCCGACGCCCACACACCGCCAUCUGGCCAUGACGACGUCAUAUCGCUGACGCACGGGACGGCCGAGACGAUCCUGAGUGAGGCGCUGCACAUCCUCAGCAGCCAGCAGGGCGGUUUGGAGGCUUCUGAGGAGAUGCAGGCCAUCAUGAAGGAGUGGUGCCAGAAGCAGCGGCCAUCUGUGCGCAUCGUUGUGACCCCAGAAGGCGGCCCGGCCCAGCGAGGCACUGCCUGCGCAGCCUGCCAGACCGACCCUUCACCUCCAUCGGAGUCCAGAGCCCCCUCCCCCUCUCCCUCCCCGCCGCAGCCCACCGUGCGGCGCCCCAUAUGCGCGUCUAUGGUUGGGUCUGCUGACGACAGCCACGAGCUGAGUGUGGUCAAGGCGCUGCUGAUGCUCAAGAACCUCCAGCCGAGGGGAGCCCCGGAUGGCGGCGGCGGUGACGGGAGCUCCGGCCCGACGAAACCUCAUGGUCCUGUCGUGGCGGCUAGUGGUGGUGGUCGUAGUGGCGGUGGUGUUGGAUUGGUAAAGGAGCUGAUAACGCUGCAGCAGAAAGUCAAGGUGGGCAGCUGGAUGGAUGGGGGGAUCGGGGGAGACGGGAGGCCGAUGAAUGCGGACCUGUGGGGCGUCUGUGUGUGUGUUCAGAUGUUACAGGAGUCGUAUCGUUUGUUGCGUGCCGAUGUCCUGUACCUCAACUUCGAAAUGGAGGUGAGACGAGGGAAGGACAGACAAGGGGCGGGGCAGACACACACUCGGCCGCCGGUACGGGUGUUUGUGAAUAUGUGUUGUGUUACUCCUCCAUCCAUCCAUCCAUCCAUCCAUGCAUGGUUCAGACGUGUUGCGAGUGGAUUGUGGAGUCGUUCAGGCAGUGCGUGCAGCAGCAAGUGCACGAGUACCAGUGGCAGCAGAAUCGGCUCAACAAGCUGGCCAAGGUCCUGAACUAGCUAAGCUAACUCACGACUAACGACGGGAAUGGGCGGCAAAGGAUGCACUGCAGCUGGGGGGUUGAGAGUACCAAUGAGAGGGAGUGUGUAUGUGCAUUGCACGCUGGCUGCAUGGGAGACCUUCGGUACUUGCAUUGCAGUACAUACAUAUGUCACGUUAUGAAGCUCUUGUUCCAAAUCUAUGUCUCUCCGUCAAUGACAAUGCUUAUGGACAAAAGAAC